UAGAAUAUUCCAGUGUUAUUUACAUUUCCUCAUUAAACAAUACACCAUGAAGUGUGGUUCCGUCUCCACAGAGACUUUGCAUUAGUUGCAUCAAGCUUCAAUGCCUCUCUUGACAUAUACGCUGCACCCUGGAAUGUGCUAGCUAGCAUCAUUCACUUACAGAUAUAUCUCCUCACAUUGGAAGACCAAUGUUGUAGACAGACCAACGUGCAUCUUUCACCAUGUUACUGAUCUUCCUGUAGCAAUUGAUAGAUUGAAAGAUACAGCAUGUAAACAGGUCCUUUGGCCCACUGAGUCCACACUGACCAUUGAUCACACUAGUUCUAUCCUUAUCCCACUAUCACAUCCACUACCUACACUUUAGGGGCAAUUUACAAAGGCCAAUUAACCUACAAACCCACACGAUUUGGGUAUGAGGGAGGAAACUGCAUCUAGUGGAACUCCACUUGCAAUCGAAAGGAAAUGCCACUCCCACAUUCUUAAUUUACAUUGGUUAUCCAUCUCGCCAGCACCUGCCUCAACUCCUCUGAAUCAGACUCCCAGCACCUUCAGAUAGUUGACGGUAAAAAGAACCAGAUUUGCAGGGCCAUUUGGCAAAAUGUAUGCCACACUCUCGUAGGCCAAUCCAAACUGGUCACAGAUGCUGAUCAAUGGAUGGACCAACUGUGGGUACGAGCAGAAGACAGAGAUGUUGUUCUUGUAUAGGAAGGCUAUGAUUGAUUGCACACUGCCUGGGAUCAUCACUCUUUUAUGCUUGAGUCCUUCCUGAUUGAUUUGGCAAAAGAUUUGAUAUAAUAAGAUAGAGUGUGCAGGCUUGCCUGACUCCAGGCUAUAUGAGGAAGUUGGACUUCACUGCUGAAAAAAAUCUUGACCAUAUGUCCUUCAGGCAAUGGUUAGCACAGAAUGACCUGCAGACCCUGUGGGAUAAGGACAAUAUGGACCCAGUCGGAUGAUUUUGCUGGCACUUUCAGAACAAUCAGAAUAUUUCAAUGCGCGAACUCACCAAUAAGCUCCAUGACGUUAAUUUCCUGGCAGUGAUUGGGGUCUGCCCUGUCAAAUCCAUUCUGUAGUCGUUACGCAUGCUCUGCUCUCAAGACAGCUGCGGUAAGAAUAAGACAAACGUCCACCCCUUUGUGGAUUGUAUGUUUGCCAAAUAUGUCUGGAAAAGGAUGUCAUGGUCCUUGAUGAGGUUCGUCCCAGCUACUGUCUAACAAAAAGGGGCAAAGGGGAGAGGCUUUCCAUCCACACCUCAACCCUUUAUCCCAUCACACCUAUUCCUCACCCUCCCCCUCCCUCACGACUUACAUUCCUUUCUCUAUAUUCAUAAUCCAUACUCUUCCAUCCUUGUCUUACACCUUCUGUCUUUUCAUCUCUGGCCUUUGUCCAACCAUCCCCAGUAUACACUGAUGGUACCGAAGUAGAGAUCGGUGAAUGGCUUCUAGUUCUUAAGAGUAAAUAUCACCAGCAACUUGUCCAGGACUAGCCAUAUCUUAGCAAUGGUUAAGAAAGCACACCGAUGCCUCUACUUCCUUUGAAGGUGUAGAAAGUAUGACAUGUCCCCAACAACUUUCACCAACCUCUACAGAUGUGCUAUAAAAAGCGCUUUUCACUGUACCUCAGUAUGUAAUAAACUACAUUCUGAAAUAUCUGCCUAUCAUCUGUAUUAAACUAUCUAUCACUCGUCAGGCUUUUGCCCCAGUUACAUCUUAAUCCCUACCCUCUUUGUUCCUGAUCGUCACACUGUUCGUGGAAACGGAACCGUGAUACGUUUCACUACAGUUCAGGAAACGGAGUGUGUAAAGUUCAAGACAGCGCGGGAAACGAAGCACAACACAGAUACAUUUCAAAUGAACGCGAGAAACGGAACUCUGAUAAACACGAAAGGAGCGCAGGGAAAGGCUCGAGACAUAAAAUAUGAGUGUGUUGACAAAUAAUUUGGAAGACACUAACAGUGAAAAAGAUAAUAUAACGGACCGAUUGCUGAUGAAGGUAGCUGAUAGAUUCGGCAACGAAUGGGAGCACAUAGCAAUUGGAGACCUAGGCUUUAAUAAACAUGAGGUUGAUCGGUUUAGUUCUGAUGGAACGACUCAUCAAAAGAGAGUGUUUAAUAUGCUAUACGCUUGGAAAUGUCGGCAAAAACCCGCAAAAAUCAAAACUCUUAUCCAAAAUCUGGAAAAAGCUGAUAUUCAUCCUGAUGUGUUGGAACUUCUGAAGAAUGAAAACAACAGUUUUAAUGAAUUGCUUUGCACAUGUUGCCAGAAAUAUGACUGUUCGUGCAAUUGUAAACCUCCAGAAAUCAUUGUCUCAAAUUCUGAAACUGGAGGAUAUAAUCAUACAAUUAAAAUAAGCUUGAUGGAAACGUAUAAAAUAUCUGAAGAAUUACCUAACACACUCAAUAAUAUAUUUUGCGAAAAAGAUCCUCAAUUAUUCUUCAAAAUAAGAGAUAUUAUCAAUCGCUUGCAAUGCAGUCUUUUGAAGAUUUCACCAGGAUGCAUAGAACUUAAGCUGCAGCUACGAUCGUACGAGGCACUCCUGAACCUCACCCAGUUGUGUAAGAGAGAAGCAUCUAAGGGGAUAACGCAGCUUGCUCCAUUGCACCAGAAACUACGAGAUGCAUUGAUGGAAGAACUUCCAUGUGAAAAUAUAAUGCCUGCAAUGUUUUCUUUCCAAAACAUUUUUGAAGGCGGAUCCUACAAAAGUGCACUGGAAUUCUUCUCUGCAGGUUUUUCACUUGAUGAUAUGCUUCCAAUCUUAAAAAAAUCCAAAUUCCAGAAUAUUGAUUAUCUGUGCAUUGAUGUAAAAGGUGCAACACAAACUACCCUAACUGAUCUGAAGAAAGAAUUCAUAAAGAAGCGUGAUAGAAAACUACGUGCCAUCAGGAAGGAGUUGAAAAAUAAAUUGGGCGUGAAUGAUUCUAAAUUUAUCAUGAGGUUCAUUGAUAAUGCUUUAAAUAAAGCUGGUAAAAAUCAAGGAAGGAGCUGCACGAGAACCAGAGAACAAACAGGGAAGAAGAGAAAGAAAAUCCAGCACAAAACAUUAAGAAAACCAGAAGACUCUUGUAUGGUUGAGAUUCCAGGGAGGACAAUGCAGCAGCCACAAUCUUUUCUGGAGGUGAAACACCCAUCGGAUUCCCAAGCAGAAGAGCUGGAGGCAAGUUAUAAGCCUCCUUUGAAGCAAAUGAAAAUCUUGAACUACAGCAAACAGAAGAAAGUGUUUGAGAAAAUACAACCCACAGUAUCCACAGUACAAGCCACAGAUGCAGCCCAGCCAAAAUCCAAGGAGAAGAAUGUGAAAACAAAAGGGAAACAAAUAACACCAGAAAAGAAAGUCAAGAAAGUAAUUGCAGAAACAAAGCUUGAAGAGAAGAAACAAACCAGCACUCAGAUGUCAGAGAGUUUACAGAUGAAAAAUCUUUCUGAGCAGGUGGUUUUACCAGAAAAUACCAGGGUAUCAAAGAAGAAAUCGAUCGUGAAGAGUGAGCAAAGAAAAAAAAAUCUGGAAACAGGGAAAAUAAUCGGUGAUCAGGAUGCAACAGUCUCAACACCAAUAAAGAUGGAACCCACCUAUUUACGCAAGGAAACAGACUCAAAGAAACAUACUGAAAUACAAGCAAAAACGUUUGAAGUUGUCAUCUUCUCUGAGUUGAAACGGAAGCCAAGGAUAUGCUAUGGAUGCAAAAAACCACUCCUUGAUGGAAAAAGCCUGGACUUGAUAUUGAAAACUCAAGAUGUUCGAGAUUACUUUGCUCAAUGCGGACAGAAGCAUCGUGCCUUUAAGAGUUCCAAUGUAUACUUACACUUGCUUGCGAAAUGUGUACAAAAGAAAUAUGGGUUAUUUGAUCAACAUAACUACAUAAUGCCAGAAAAAAUGCGAGCACAUUUAAAUAGUGCCCAGUCCACAAUGCUCCAAAGCAUGAAUAUCAUUCAAGAUCCAGGAGCUAUUAAAUACACAAGUAAAACUGAGAAAUGUAAUUUUAAACAUGCAAAGACAGAGCAAUAUAAGACAGAAGAAGGAGAAAUCUCUUCUAGUUGCCAUUCCUCACGAUCCACUCUUAGUCGUUGAAUUCCGUGGUCCGCUCUUCAAGGUCAUUGGGAUUCAGGACCAAACAUUGAACGAGUUUCCAGAACUUUUGAACAUCAAAUAGCUAUAAACAUCCUGUGAUGACAUGUUCCGUAGUAUGACGUUUCCCCGAAUUGACGAUGAAGCCACGAGAGUCUUGGGUGGUCCCAUAACUGUCACUGAGGUCCAAGCAGCCAUCACAUCGCUGCAAAGCGGAAAGUCGCCCGGCCCUGACGGCUUCACUAGAAUAUUACAAAGCUUUCUCUGCUCUCCUCGCACCAGUCCUGAGAGAUAUGUACAAUGAGGCGUUUUUACAUCGUCGCCUACCGCCCACAUUGUCGUGGGCUACUAUCUCCCUAAUUCUUAAAAAGGAGAAAGAUCCCCUGCUUUGUAGUAGCUAUAGACCAAUUUCACUCCUGAAUGUGGACCUCAAAAUCCUCUCUAAAGUUCUUGUGCUCCGUCUUCAACAAGUGAUGCCCUUUAUUAUCUCGUUAGAUCAAACAGGGUUUAUGCCAGGCCGACAGUCCUCCCACAAUACCAGGCGUCUCCUUAACAUCAUCCAUUCACCAAGUAGUGAGACCCCGGAGAUAGUGGUCUCCCUCGACGCCGAAAAAGCUUUGGUUACGCUCAGAGAAGGGCUUUAAAGGUAUCACACGGUUUGACACAAUUCAUAAAGUCUCAUUGUAUGCGGAUGACCUGCUCCUGUACAUCUCGAAUCCAGUCAGCUCUCUCCCUGUGAUUACGAAUAUCUUAGAACGGUUCGGUGCGUACUCUGGUUAUAAACUUAACUACCAAAAAAGUGAACUAUUACCGAUUAACUCAUCGGCUAAGCAGCUCCCUCGCUCUUUAACCUCAUUUAAAUGGGCAGAGGACGGAUUUCGCUACCUCGGCGUUUUUAUCACAAUACCUAUAUCUGAUAUGUUCCGCACAAAUUUCCUGCCUCUGGUUGAGAAAGCUGAAAGAGACUGACCGCUGAUCAGUUUUACCGUUAUCCCUCGUGGCCCGGAUAAAUCUGAUCAAGAUGGUCGUCCUACCCAAAUUCCUGUAUCUUUUCCAGCAUGUUCCUAUAUUUAUCACUAAAUCUUUUUUUGAUAAAUUAGAAAGGAGAAUAUCUAAAUUUGUACUGGAUGAAUGAUGAUUGCGACCACCUACCGACCUGGGUACACAUGGAAAAGGCGAGUUCACAUCUCCCGUUGCGGUCUGUCCUAUGCUCUCAACUCCCCCUUUCUAUAACAUCUGCGGGUGCAGGCCCAAUUGCGUCCCUCUCGCUCAAGAUAUGGAGUCAACUUAGGAAAAACUUUGAUUUACAAGGCCCUUCCAUCUUGACCCCACCUUAAAAAUCACAUCUUGAAACCUUCAAGUACAGACUCCGCAUUCAAAACCUGGCAUAGUAAUGGCAUCAGUAGUAUCAAAAACCUACACAAGGAUGGCAUUUUUUCGUCUUUUGCGGAGCUUUCGUCCAACUAUAGCCUCCCAAACUCCCACCUUUUUUGUUUUUUCCAGAUUAGGGAUUUUGUGAAGAAGAUAUUCCCCCAUUUCCCAAAUCGUCCCCCUGAAACCCUGACCGAUUCCAUCCUAGCUCUAGAUCCCAUUACUGAACAAACUACAUAAGAAUAUCCAAUACUGGAAAACACUUCCUAUCUCAAUGGUUGGCAAAAUUAAUGCCAUAAAAAUGAUUUUUUUACCGCAAAUAUUAUACCUUUUUCAGACGAUUCCGAUAUGUCUGGCAAAAAACUUUUUUUAAAAAUUGGACUCUAUUGUUAAUGAUUUUAUCUGGGAUUAUAAGAAUCAUAGGAUAAACAAAAGACACCUGUGUAAAUCAAAAAGAAAUGGAGGCUUGGUUUUACCUAACUUUUUGUUUUAUUUCUGGGCAGUUAAUAUUAAAAAUAUGAAUUUCUGGUUGGAAGAAAUAGAUCAUCAACCAGACUGGUUAAAAAUGGAAAAGGAAGAUUGUCUACCUUUUGAUAUCGGUUCGAUAUUAUUUGCUACGUCUAAAUUAAACAAAAACAUUUAUAGGGAAAACCCUAUAAUAUUUAGUGCUAUACGAAUUUGGAAACAAUUAAAAAAGACAUUAAAAUUAGAUAACUUAUCACUUUUUCUUCCAAUUGUGAAUAAUCCUUUGUUUAAGCCUUCAUGGUUGGACGGGGGUUUUACACAAUGGAAGAAUUAUGGAAUUAAAAAUAUGGGACAACUUUACAAGGAAGGCACUUUUCUGACAUUUCAGGAGUUGCAACAGACUUAUGGACUUCGAGGAAAUGAUUAUUUCAGAUAUCUUCAACUUAGAGAUUAUGUAAAAUCGAACUCUCAAAAUUUUCGAAUUAGAAACUCAGAAAUUCUUGAUGAA